AUGGAGCCUGUAGUCAUGCCCAUGGCCGCCUUUGAACGGCGCCAGUCAGCGGUCGACUCGGAGACUUCGUGGCUCUCAUCGCACUCAUCGUACUCGAAUGUGGUCGAGGGCGAUGCUGCGGCGGUCGGCAGGUCGUGGCCGGAGCUCGAGUUCGAGCUCGAGCUCGGGUUCAAGCUCAAGCGCAAGCUCGAGGAGCUCGUCAUCGUCGGACGCUCUGACUCGGGCGACUCGUCGGUGUUUUCCGUGGGGGAUGACUUUCUACCGGGGAUGAUGUCGGACGGCGACGCGGCGCGGAUUCUUCAGCGGCACGUCCGCGGGUAUCUGACGCGAACGCUGAACGCUAGCGCAACUGCUGCGCUGGUAGAUGCGGUGCCUUCGAGUCUGCAGGUGACGCAGCCGUCGUAUGCGUUCCGGCCGAGCUUGGAGCCGGGGCCCGUCUCAUCAAAGCUCCUCAUCCCUGCAUACCCGCACGGGCUGGGCGGGGGGAUGCAGGGCUCGGAUCCCGCAGUGCUGCGGCUGAACACGUCGGGCGGGAACCUGAUCACGGCGGCGUCACUGGCGGCGCUGUCGGCGCAGCCUGCAGCGGCCGACGACCCGCUGGCGCGGCGCAAGUCGCGAAUCUAUGGCACACUCUCGGGGCGCGGGACCAAUUCGAUGUCGGGCUCGUCGCACAUGGGCUUUCUCUCGCUGGCGGGGAGCGGCAAGGACAAGCGGCGCAAGUCUGCGCAGCCGCGGCCGCAGUACUGA